AUGACCAACGCAAGCAAUAAUAUUAAUUUGUUACACAUAGAUGAAGACUCUCUAUUGGAUAAUACAACAAAUAAACAUCAAUCUUCUAUAAAAACACCAAUACCGAUCAAUAUAGUACCGAUUGAUAUCAUACCGGUUAAAUCUGAUGAUUCUAUUUAUUUAAAUCUACAAUCGCACAAGAGUCCAAAAAAAAAAUCUAAAAAGAAAUCAUCAAGUCGUAAUCUUGAUUCAAUAAAGAAUGGUCCUUCUCGAUCAUCAACAAUACCAAUAAAUUAUGAAAUCGAAAAAGAUCAUCAACAUCAUUAUAAUCAUCAUAGACGUCAUGAACAACAAGAAAAACAAGAACAAUCUAUUGAUGGUUGUGAUAUGCGAUUUUUUAUUAUCCGGCAUGGUGAAAGAGUCGAUCGGUAUUUUGGUCCAAAUUGGUUUAUGUUAGCAUUCGACCAAUUUGGUCAAUAUCAUCCAUAUCAUAUAAAUCUUCCACCAAGUUUACCAACCCGUUCAAAUCCAUAUUUUUGGGCAGUGGAUACACCAUUAACACGUAGUGGUUUAAAUGCUGCACAAAAUGUUGGCCGAGUUUUAGGAAUAAAUCAAUAUGAGCCAUCAUAUGUUUAUUCAUCACCAGCUAUGCGUUGUAUCUUAACAACAUAUCACAUAUUAAAAGGUCUUGGCUUAGAAAAUAAAAUAUCAAUACGUAUUGAACCUGGUCUAUUAGAAUUAGGUUCUGCAAGAUUUGGUAUGAAUAUAUUUCUUAAAUCAAUUGACUGGCAUAAUUAUGGAAUUAAUGUUGAUUUAUCUUAUCAACCUAUAAUGACACUUGUACCUCCUAUCGAACGUGCAGAUGCAUAUUAUCUACGUUCAAAAUAUAUUAUACGUGAAAUUGAACAACGUCAUAAUGAUACAAAUUCUUCAUCACCUAAUAUACUUCUUGUUGGUCAUGCAACAUCACCUGAAACUUUAACAUGGGAUUUAGUUGGACGGCAACCAAAUGUUUAUGAUUUGUUUAAAUUAUCAUUAAAUAUAGGUUAUCUUCAAAUGGUUAUAACUGAACGAAAAAAACAAAAUAAAGUUUGGUCAUUAACACAAAUGCCUUUACGAGCAACAACACUCAAAUGGGUUUAG